CAAGGAAGACCCCCAUCUAACAUUUCCACGCAACAAGGCCCCGUACGAUCCAAACGGGUAUAAACAGUGGCUAGAACCAACUAGGGGGUUGUGCUAUACAGACAAUCAACAAUGCCUUCCGCAGGCCCGAAGAACCUGUCCCUUCGGGGGCUCUACAAUUUUCAAUGCCCGCGGUCUCAGGUACAGGCGUACAAUCAGUCACUUCUAACAUCGAUUCAUGCUUCGAAGCCCUCGGUAUCUCACCGCUGCACUAGCCAUCAGCAACAACCGCUGGCCUCAUGCUUCGCUCUUCCUUCGCAAAGUCGGCGAAAUUCUUCCCAGCUAGCUCGCGCGAUCGGGCCGCGCCCUGGUACUGCAGCAGAGACCUACGUCGCCUACGGAAUGACGCAAAAGCUAUUCGAGGCCUGCUCCAGACAAGCAGACUACAAGAUACCUCAGUUGUCUCAGAAAGGAGCUCAGGUUCCCAAGACAAGUGCCGGGGAAGACUUGGGAGUAGGUGAAGGAUGGUGGUAUGAAGAAUUGGGUCUCGUUCCUACUUUCUCAACAUGGUCGCAGGUUACAUUCCUGCACAUGUACUUAUUGACGGUCCGGUUGCGCGCUUUGCCGUCGCACGAUAGCCUUCAAACCUACUCACGUCAUUUGAUCGACCACUUCUCACAUAGUGCCGAGCAUCGCAUGGAUGUGCUUCACGGGUUGACGAGCCGCGGUAUACGCAAUAAGUUCCUCAAGGAUCUUUUUAUCCAAUGGCGCGGUGUUUUGGCAGCCUACGAUGAAGGCCUAAUUAAGGGAGAUGCAGUGCUGGGAGCUGCCGUUUGGAGAAACCUCUGGAAGGCGAGCCAUACUGCACCAGACGGUAAGGACUUGGAUUGGUCGAAGAUAGCUCAGGUCGUUGCGUAUAUGCGGCGAGUACUUUCCGAACUCAAUCAGGUGCACGAAGCGGACUUGGUCUUCCAACUGGACCGGCAAAGGAACGGGAAGCCGGGUAUUUUCUCUCAUUCCGAAGUCGAUCAGAAGAUGGUCGAUAGCAAGCGGUGACAUUGUAAGCUAGAAACUACCCGUCGGCGCUCUUUUGUUCGCCUUUUGUACGUAUAACUAUCAUGUCUAUUGAUUAUAAUGUAACAUAUUGG